UACAAGGUCAGUCUUGUCUGCUUAAGUAGACAAGACAAAAAUUGGGCUGUCUUGGUCAUGAUAAUUUGUUAACAUUGUCUACGGCACGAUGGUUAACCUCUGCAUGACCCAUAUACAUCUUCACUGUAAAGUCACUACAAGUCAAGACUGAAAAAAGAUGAGUGGAGUGCAGGGGAUCAUUGUGUGUGGGGAAGCAUCCGAGUCAGAUGAAGAGGAGGAGUUUUGUGCAGCCAUGGCCAGGGGUCAGCUUGUGAAUCAAAAGCCAGGAGCGCCUACGCCAGAAGGUUGCACUGUGAAGCAGUAUGUUGAGAAGAAACAACUGAAACAACAACAGCAACAACAUUACCAGCAACAAGUCAGAAGAACUCAUCAUUCUUUACUUCACCACAAACUUUGGGAGACUAAUGCAUCGCUGGAGAGGAACCUAACACAGUGCAUCCAUGGUCCUCUGACAGAGCAGACUAAUCGCAUUUCUCGUCUUAUCACAACCAUCCCAGCUGCCCAAACCUCCACACUGUCUGCACACUCUUCACUGUCUCAGACUGCCCGUAAUCUCUCUCACAUAAAUUUUCUUCUUGGGGGACUUGCUAAUAAUCCUUUAGCUUCUCUGAAAGCACCAUAGUUGAAGGUACAGUACAGGUUCAUAUGAUCUACAAAUGUAAAUAUUCUGUCAUGUUCUUUGUACAUAAUAAGAGGGUCAUGGCAUAAUGGUAUAUUAUGUAAGUAAGUAUAGGUAAAGUGUAAUCAUAUUUUUCGUUAUACUUUGAUGACAAGAACUUCAUCUUGUCCAAGCAAAUCUAUAUUGUUCAUGAGUGUCACACCCCAGAUCAUUUAGUGUCUUUAAAAUCUUUAACACAGAAAAACUCUUUCAUUGGCUUUUUUCACAAACAUUUCCUGGGAGUUACAAGAUCAUUAUUAAGUCAGUUUUUAAUUUAGUAAUACCUGUAUACAACUUUCAUUAACUUCUUGGAAUUACCUUUUGAAAAAUUGAAAGGGAAUAUUGUGUAAAACUACACACAUCAAGUACUGUAUAUCCUUUGUAAUCUUGGAAAUGGUUAACUCAUUUAUGCCCCUCAUAGUUCUCUUUUUUGGAGAAACAAAAACAACCCAAAUAGAAUUACCAGUAGUAAGUAACCUGGUAUUCAACCACUUAGUAGAAGGAAGGACAUCUGGGGCAGAAGAUUCAAGCAAAGAUGGCCACAGAGAGGAUGGUACUACAGGAGGAGUGAUGGCUAAAACAGAUCUUAGUGGACACCUGGGAGGGAUAGGCACCAAAGAAAGAGGAUUCUGAAGGACAAAAGGUGGCAGGUACAUCAUUGUCAGGAUUGGUAGUAGGUAUAAAGUGGGUACCACAGGCAGCAUUGAGACAUUCAUCUCAUGAGCUAAGUCAGCAGAGCUGGCUAUGGUGAGUAAGAGAAGAAGAGGAGAGUAAAAGAUGGAUGGGAUUUGAGGUAUCAAGAUUGAUGGAGUAGACCACAGUUUUGCCAUGGUGUAUGAUGGUGAAGUAUAUAGAUAUUCAUGUAUCUGACAGAAUGACUACACUAAACUGGAAAAUGAUGUACUGUAUUGCACCAAAGACUGAAUUUUGAGUCUCAUAUAUUUUCAGCAUUGUAAUCAAAAUUCCUUAAAAGAAUUGAUUGGGAUGUGGUUAAGUCCCUUAAGAACAAUGAAUAAAUCCAUUCCAAAGGUA